UUGCUUACACUGCUGCCCCCAUUCUACAAGCCUGGAUGAGCAGAUGAAGAUGGAUGGAUGUGAUAAUAUGUCACUGCUCUCUUCAUUUUUGACCUGAGACAGAUUGGCAACUCUUCCCCCAUUUAUAUGUAGCUAUUAAGCUAAGCUCUGGGAUAACCAGUAUGACUAAAGUAAUAUUGAUUCUCUCCACUUUUGUUAGCUGGAGAAACUUCAGUGGCUGAGAAAUGACACACUUAAGGGGUAGGGGUCACAACGGAAGUUCACCAAGAUUACCUCUGCUAUCAAAAGGAUGGAGAAAAAAGACCUGCAGACCCUGAAGACAGAGCUCGAGGACAGCAAAUCAGAGUUAAAAGACAAAGCAGAUGAAGUCAUGAAGCUCCGUGCUGAGAAAAAUAGGAGCACAGAAAAUGAAAAGGAACUGCAAACCAUGAAGCUGAAGAUUGAGGACAAGAAUAAAGAGCAUAAAUAUGAAGCUCGAAGCCGACAAGAAAGAGUUAAAUGAAGAAGUAGCUAAAUUAAAGCAGAUGCGUGGGAAAUAGAAGCAGAUGUCCUGAUGUCCUUCCUGAAUGAAGGAGCUUGAGACCAAAGACAUAAAGGUUUGUAUCUUUCAUUUAGAUGCAUUCACCAAGGUCUUCAUUACUGAUUUUUCACUGAAAGACAAAUGUAUUCAAAUAACAAAAAAUUCAAAUUGGGAGUUCAUCAAACUAUCUUUAAUGUGAUUUUAGUUAUUCUCUGUUUAAGUGCAUGGAAAUAUAUUGGUUUUAUAUUUGUACAUUUUUUUUAAUUUUGUUUCUCUUUUUUUCAGCCUCUCAGUCAUUUGUACACAUAGUAGGUCCCACCCCACUUACGUAUGUUCAAUUCAUAAUUAUUAACUACUUUUAUAUUUUUACAUCAUUUUUUUAUAUUAUACUACUUAGACAUAGACAGUAGGGUUGUGGGUCAGAAUGGCCUUUUAAUCAUGCCAGCUUGCAUACUAUAAAAAGUGCCUGCGUGUAGCUGUUAGGAUGCCUGGGUCGUUGACCCAGGGUUUUUGAG